AAGGGUAGAGACACCAUUACCCUUGAAAAUAGCCAAAAACUAUAGCAAUCAAGACACUAAGGCUACGACUUAAAGCAACCGCAAUCGUUGGGCAAAGACACAUUGCUACACGCAUCUAAACACUCCGACCUUAACCGUCUUCAAAUUUCAAGGCUCAACCCGACAAGCAAAAGCGAAAGCAGAUUCUCAAGCAAGAAGAACAAAGCGUUAAUAAAGCCUCCUUAGGGUCAUCAAACUACUGUUUGAUCUUUGAACAAACCCACAUCAAACUUCUUUGGAUUCCUCAAAAAUUGGAGCUGCAGAGACAUGGGUACUCUAGCUAUUGCUCCUCUGCUCUCUUCUAAGCUUAAGUAUUCGCAGCAAAUCUCUCUUUCCCCCCACAGAAGACGGCUCAGGAAGAAGAACCAAGCUGUUGUGCCUGUUGCUAGGUUGUUCGGGCCUGCAAUCUUUGAAGCUUCAAAGCUGAAGGUUUUAUUCUUAGGAGUGGACGAAAAUAAACACCCAGGAAAUCUUCCAAGGACUUAUACGUUCACCCACAGUGAUAUAACCUCUAAGCUCACUUUGGCAAUCUCUCAAACCAUAAAUAACUCUCAGGGGUGGUACAAUAGAUUGCAAAGGGAUGAAGUUGUGGCACAGUGGAAGAAGGUGAAGGGAAAGAUGUCUCUACAUGUUCACUGCCACAUUAGUGGAGGUCAUUUUCUGUUAGAUAUAUGCGCUAGGCUAAGAUACUUCAUAUUCUGUAAAGAGCUACCAGUGGUGUUGAAGGCCUUUGUUUACGGGGAUGGCAAUUUAUUAAACAACUAUCCAGAAUUGCUGGAAGCUUUAGUUUGGGUGUAUUUUCACUCAAACAUUCCAGAAUUCAACAAGGCAGAAUGUUGGGGUCCACUGAAGGAAGCAUCGGCACCUUCAGGUGGGUCCCAGGAAAAGGGUAGGCAAGCUACUCCAGCAAGUAACGAGGACCACCAAGGGUUAGCAAUGCCACAACCAUGUCAAGAAGAUUGUGAGUGUUGCUUUCCACCGCUGACGUUGAGUUCAAUCCAAUGGUCUAAAGAAGUUCCCAGUUCCACCCAUCAUUAUGAACCUUACGAUGGGAUUGGCAUUCAACAGCACAAAUUGUAAUCACACUCAUAGUCUAUAUACAAAUACAUUAUUAGGAAAAAAAUAAAUUCAAACCCUUUCUCCAUCAAUGUAAAUAAAUCCCUCUCCAAUUUAUCUUUCAUAAAAAAAAAAUUAGUUCACAUGUAACAUAUUUCUGUAUUCAUGAUAUAGGUGUUUUAUCUAGGAAUUGAACAAACUUUUAUAAGUCCCACUAUCAUUUUAUCAAAUUUGAUGUAAAUGCGCGUGACUAAAUAUAUUA